UUUCCUUAGGUUCCCUGCUGUGAAGAAGAAAUUCACAGCUGAGUUGAAAGAGCUCCGUCAUAAAGAACAGAGCCCUUACGUAGUUCAAAGCAGUAUUAGUCUUAUAAUGGGCUUCAAAUUCUUCCGCAUUAAGAUGUACCCUGUUGAGGACUUUGAAGCUUCAUUUCAGUUUAUGCAGGAAUGUGCCCAGUAUUUCCUUGAAGUAAAAGACAAGGAUAUUAAGCAUGCACUAGCUGGACUGUUUGUGGAAAUUCUUGUUCCAGUAGCUGCGGCUGUUAAAAAUGAAGUAAAUGUUCCUUGCCUUCGUAACUUUGUUGAGAGCCUGUAUGAUACAACACUGGAGCUUUCUUCAAGGAAGAAACAUUCUCUGGCUCUGUACCCUUUGGUUACAUGUCUUCUGUGUGUCAGCCAGAAGCAGUUCUUCUUAAACAGAUGGCACAUCUUUCUUAACAACUGCCUGUCUAAUCUCAAAAAUAAAGAUCCCAAAAUGGCCCGUGUUGCACUGGAAUCACUGUAUAGGCUGCUUUGGGUUUACAUGCUAAGAAUUAAAUGUGAAAGCAAUACUGCAACCCAGAGCCGGCUCACUACUAUCAUCACCACACUUUUCCCCAAAGGGUCCCGCAGUGUGGUGCCCAGAGAUAUGCCUCUAAAUAUCUUUGUAAAAAUAAUACAGUUCAUCGCACAGGAAAGACUUGAUUUUGCUAUGAAAGAAAUCAUCUUUGACCUUUUAUGCGUGGGGAAAGCAGCAAAAGCUUUCAGUCUUAACCCUGAGAGAAUGAAUAUAGGCCUGAGGGCUUUCCUUGUGAUAGCUGAUAACCUGCAGCAGAAGGAUGGUGAGCCACCCAUGCCCAACACUGGAGCUGUUCUACCCUCAGGAAACACCCUCAGAGUCAAGAAAACGUACCUGAGCAAAACGCUGACAGAGGAGGAAGCUAAACUCAUUGGUAUGGCGUUGUAUUAUUCCCAAGUACGAAAAGCCAUUGACCACAUCCUCAGGCACCUAGAUAAAGAAGUUGGCCGAUGCAUGAUGAUGACAAAUGUGCAGAUGCUGAACAAAGAACCUGAAGAUAUGAUAACGGGUGAAAGAAAGCCAAAGAUUGACCUCUUCAGGACCUGUGUAGCAGCUAUUCCUCGAGUACUGCCUGAUGGGAUGUCAAAGCUGGAAUUGAUUGACUUACUGGCACGGCUCACAAUCCAUAUGGAUGAUGAACUUCGACUCAUUGCUCAGAACUCUCUACAGAGUCUGCUGGUGGAUUUUGCUGACUGGAGGGAGGACGUGCUGUUUGGUUUCACAAACUUCCUCUUGCGUGAAGUGCACGACACCCACCAGGGGCUUCUGGAUAUCUCUUUGAAGCUGCUGCUUCAGCUGCUAACUCAGUGGAAGCUUGCAAUACAAACUCAAGGGAGAGGCCAUGACCAAACUAAAAUAAGGACCUCAGAGUUAAUACAGAAUGGAUCCAACCACAGACUGCAGCCCGAGAGGAGCCCUCAUUCCAAUGUGCUGCACGCUGUGGAAGGAUUCGCACUGGUGCUUCUCUGUAGCUGCCAGGUGGCCACACGCAAGCUAGCGGUUUCAAUCCUGAAGGAGAUCCGUGCCUUGUUUACUUCCAUAGGACAAACUGAGGAUGAUGAUAAACCAAUGAUUGAAGUCAUGGAUCAAUUGAGUUCAGCCGUCCUAGAAAGCUUCCUCCAUGUAGCUGUUUCUGAUUCAGCUGCCUUACCUUUUGCACACCACAUAGACCUGCAGUGGCUGGUGGAGUGGAACGCGGUCCUUGUUAACAGCCAUUAUGACGUGAAGAGCCCCUCACACGUUUGGAUAUUUGCACAGUCGGUGAAAGACCCCUGGGUACUUUGCCUGUACAGUUUCCUAAGACAGGAGAAUCUACCCAAGCACUGUCCCACUGCUUUGAGCUAUGCCUGGCCUUACGCAUUCACUAGACUGCAGCUGCUGAUGCCCUUGGUGGAUCCCAACAGCCCUAUUUACGCUAAGAAGAUGAGCACAGCUGGCAGUGGAGAUAACCAUGUCACUCUGUGGAGAAACUAUCUCAUUCUGUGCUUUGGAGUAGCAAAACCCAGCAUCAUGAGCCCUGGGCACUUACGAGCAUCCACUCCUGAAAUUAUGGCAACUACUCCUGAUGGCAGCGUCAGCUACGACAACAAGGUGAUCGGAACUCCAUCUGUAGCUGUGCUUCUGAAGCAGCUGGUUCCACUGAUGAGGGUGGAGAGCAUCGAAAUAACGGAGUCUCUCGUUCUGGGGUUUGGGAGGACAAACUCUCUGGUGUUCAGGGAACUGGUGGAAGAGCUUCAUCCCUUAAUGAAAGAAGCUUUGGAAAGAAGACCCGAGAACAAGAAGCGACGUGAGCGAAGAGAUUUGCUUAGACUACAGCUGCUGAGGAUUUUUGAACUACUUGCUGAUGCCGGAGUUAUAAGUGACAAUACGAAUGGGGCUUUGGAGCGUGAUACCCUUGCCCUGGGCGCUCUGUUUCUGGAGUAUGUGGACCUCACUCGGAUGCUGCUUGAAGCAGAAAAUGACAAAGACGUUGAAAUUCUGAAGGAUAUCCGGGCACAUUUUAGUGCUAUGGUGGCAAAUCUGAUACAGUGUGUUCCAGUCCAUCAUCGGAGAUUCCUUUUCCCGCAACAGAGUCUCAGGCACCACCUGUUCAUCUUAUUCAGCCAGUGGGCCGGCCCAUUCAGUGUUAUGUUUACACCUCUGGAUCGUUACAGUGACAGGAACCAUCAGAUCACCAGAUACCAGUACUGUGCGCUAAAGGCCAUGUCGGCAGUUCUGUGCUGUGGACCCGUGUUUGACAACGUUGGCCUCUCCCCUGAUGGCUAUCUGUAUAAAUGGCUGGAUAAUAUUUUAGCAUGUCAGGAUUUACGGGUUCAUCAGCUCGGAUGCGAAGUAGUCAUCCUCCUGUUAGAGUUAAACCCGGAUCAGGUGAACCUUUUCAACUGGGCUGUGGAUCGGUGCUUCACUGGGUCCUACCAACUAGCGUCUGGCUGUUUCAAAGCUAUCGCCACAGUCUGUGGAAGCAGGAGCUAUCCAUGUGAUAUAGUUACGUUGCUAAACUUAGUGCUGUUCAAGUCAUCUGACACCAACAGAGACAUUUAUGAAAUUUCAAUGCAGCUUAUGCAGAUUCUUGAAGCAAAACUAUUUGUAUAUUCUAAGAAGCUUGCUGAGCAGAAGCCCGGCAGUAUACUGUGUGGCACUCAUGGCCCGCUGCCCCCUCUGUACAAUGUGUCCUUAUCACAGCUUUCCAAUGAGCUCGCCAAGAUGUAUCCUGAGCUCACCCUUCCGCUCUUCUCAGAGGUCAGCCAGAGAUUUCCCACAACCCACCCAAAUGGGCGUCAGGUCAUGCUCACUUACCUGUUACCAUGGCUACACAACAUUGAGCUGGUAGACAACGGGCUGCUCCCUCCUGUCUCCAGUCCCAGCACCCCUGAGGAUGAAGCAAGAGAUAAAUGGGAUACCCUGGGCUGCACUCACCGGCUGAAGGGGAGUGGCUGGGGGUCACUGCAGGCCACAUCGCUGGUCCUCAACAACCUCAUGUUUAUGACUGCCAAGCACGGAGAUGAGAUGCCUGGGCCAGAGAUGGAGAAUGCUUGGAAUGCCCUUGUAAGCAAUGACAAGUGGAGUAACAACCUGAGAACUACGCUGCAGUUCCUCAUCAGUCUGUGUGGAGUGAGCAGUGACACCACCCUUCUGCCAUACAUUAAAAAGGUUGUGAUCUACCUGUGUCGUAAUAACACCAUUCAAACAAUGGAGGAGCUGCUGUUUGAGCUGCAGCAGACAGACCCUGUGAACCCUGUGGUCCUGCACUGCGAUAAUCCACCUUUCUACAGAUUUGCUGCAAGCAACAAGGCUUCAGCAGCUGCCUCUGGGACGACGUCCAGCAGUAACACUGUAGUAGCUGGCCAAGAAAGUUUCCCAGACACGGAUGAAAGCAGAUUAAUGAGAGAGCCCGAUGAAAGGAUCAGCAGUGUGAUCAGAGCGCACACCAGACUAGACUCAAGGUACAGCAACAGCUCCGGAGGAUCUUACGACGAUGACAAAAUAUUUGUACAGCUAAGGAAGGAGAAAUCAAACUUUUGUUUUGCAGUAGCAGCCACGCUCAAAGGUUAG